AUAUGGAUUGGCAAGGGCAGAAAUUGGCGGAGCAGUUAAUGCAGAUCUUGCUUCUGAUCGCCGCGGUUAUGGCGUUCGUUGUUGGUUACGCAACGGCGUCGUUUAGGACGAUGAUGUUGAUCUACGCUGGAGGUGUAGUUCUCACGACUCUGAUCACUAUACCAAAUUGGCCUUGCUUUAAUCGCCAUCCUCUCAAGUGGUUAGAUCCAAGUGAAGCUGAGAAGUAUCCUAAACCUGAAGUUGUUGCUGUUAGCUCGAAGAAGAAAUCUUCUAAAAAGUAGUCUUUUUUUUUUCAAUCUUAUCUUCUUUAGGGGGUCUAAGGUUUUGAUGAUAUAAAACAUAUGGUUCUAUUAUUAUUGUUCUUGAUCGUAAUAAGAUUAAUAAAAGUCUAAGUGAAAUAACUUUGAUUGA